UGUCUAUAUGAGUGGUUUAAAAAAAAUAAUAAUAAUAAUAAUUCAAUUGUUUUUUAUGACAAAAUUUUUAUUAAUUCAUACACCAUUUUGUUUCUUUUUGCUGUUUUAUGAUAUUUAAAAUUUUAAAUGUUAACUUAUUUAAUUUAGUAAACUAUUAUGAAAUUAUUUAUCAGCAUUAAUCUGACACAAACCCUGUUUCUGUUUGUUCUUCAUGUGUGAUGCAGAUGGACAUCAUCCAGGUGAAAUAUCAUUGAUGAUUGGACACGGUGGACUGGACGGACCAUUGACUGUUUUGGGAGUGAAGUAUAUAUGAUUAUAAAUGGUGAUGAAGAUUAUGCAGGUGAAAUAUUAUUGAUGGAGGGAGAUUUACUCACUCUAACCUUUAAUCUUGCUAAAAUUAAGUAUGAGCGGAUUCAGUGGUGGUUUAGACCUGAAAUCACAUUAUUAGCUGAAAUCAAUAAACAGACCGACAGCAUGACUGUAUAUGAUGAUGUUCUUGAUGGGAGAUUCAGAGACAGACUGAAGCUGGACGAUCAAACUGGAUCUCUGACCAUCACAAACACCACAACUGAACACUCUGGACUCUAUCAACUAAAGUUCAGCAUAAACAGCAGGUCUUAUUUUUGCGUCAUUGUCUAUGCUCGUCUGCCCGUUCCUGUCAUCAGCAGUAACUCUUCACAAUGUUUUUCAUCAUCUUCAUCACAGCAGAAUUGUUCAUUGUUGUGUUCAGUGUUGAAUGUGAGUCAUGUGACUCUCUCCUGGUACAAAGGAAACAGUUUAUUGUCCAGCAUCAGUGCGUCUGAUCUCAGCAUCAGUCUCUCUCUACCUCUGGAGGUGGAAUAUCAGGAUAAAAACACCUACAGCUGUGUGCUCAACAAUCCCAUCAGCAACCAGACGAGACAUCUGGACAUCAGCAAACUGUGUCAUAUGUGUUCAGACUCUGUCCACUGUUGUGGUUCUACUGAAGCUGUGAUCCGAUUGGUCCUCUCUGCUCUGGUGGGCGUGGCUACUGUCAUUCUUGUGGUUUAUGACAUCAGAUCCAGAAGAGCUCAACAAGAUCAAACACAUAUUCACACAUCAGAGAUAUGAGUAAUGUCAUUUCUCACAAAUUGUUUUCACAUGUAAAUAUUUGUCAGAUUUAUUCAUUUAGAGCUAUGCUCAUCUUUUUCAGGAAGUAUUGAAAUCUAAAGCAGAAAGCUUAUUCUUUGUCAUUUAAAAUGCAGUUUGAAAGGCAUUAUUGUUUAUAUUUUUUCUCAGAUAACCUCCUGAGACCCAAGAAAAAAGUUUUAGGAAAAAAUUAGUUUUUUUUUGUUUGUUUUUUCAUGUCUUUACAUUGUUUAGAUCAUUAAUAAAAAUGUAAAUAAAUAAAUAAAUUAAUCAAAAAUUAAAAAUGAUAUUUCAUUCAUGAGUUAUGCUAUGUCCUCGGUCCUCAAUUUCUUUAAAAAAUAAAAUAAAAAGACAUGAACGAACAUGCAUAGGCAAAAACAAUUGAAUUUUUAAAUCACCAAUACAUUUUUAGUUUUCAAUUUGCAUAAAUAUGAUUCUCAACUAUGUUAUAAUAGAAUGAUUUCAUAUACCAUUUUUCUUUCUGCAAAAUGUAAGUAAAAUGGCCAUAAAUGGAUUUUCUCAUUAUAUACAAUGUAUCUACUAAAUUUAAUUUGCAUAUUAAUGUGUUUUUGGGGCAACAUGUAAUGAAAAAAGAAGUGUAAUAAUGGGAGUAAUAAUUGACACGAUUUUCAUAAUAAUAUAUGAUAUUUCAUAGAAUAUUGAAAUAUAACUUAUUUUCCUAUUCAUUUGUUAUGUCUUCCAAAAUGUGUAAUAAACAUGCUUUUAGUCCUGAUGUCCUCAUAUGAGGACAUGUAUGAAAUAAACAUCCAACAGAAAGUCAUAUUUUGGUUUGAAACCCCAUAACAUUUUCCUGAGAUGUUGAUUUAUGACACACAGUUUAAAAAUUAGACAGAUUUAAAUGAUAAUUACAAAUUAUUUUCUUAUUUUCAUAAGAGUGUCACUAAAUUAAUAUCAGACAUUAUCAGACAUCAGACCAAGGAGAGGGUUAGGGUUAAUCGCUCGCUGACUGAAUACCUCUUUCUGGCGAAUACUCAUCAGAAACAACAAAGUGCAAAUGUGUGUACAAAUCUGUAACUUAUUUCACAGUAACAGCUUCAGAGAUUUUAAUGGGAGUUUUUAGACUGACCUCUAGACUGAAGUCAGUGAAUGUUCUUUGAUAAUGUAAAUGU